AAUUCACCAGAUAGUGAUCUGACCAUGACACGGGGGUAAAAGAAAUAGCCCCCAACUUCAGAACACUUCCUACCGCUCCCAGGACAAAUACAAGGUCGAGAGCAUGACCAGCUACAUGGGUGGGCUCAGUAUUAUUAAGGUGCAGUUCCCAGGAAGCCAUGGUUUCCAGGAAAUCCCGAGGGGCUCCACUGAGGGUGGUCUCAGCAUGCACGUUGAAAUCCCCCAGUACUAAAAGCUCUGGGGUCAACGCUCGUACAUCCGAGACCACCUCGAGCACCUCGGACAGGGAGUCUGCCGUGCAGCGGGGCGGGCGGUACACGAGCAAGAUCCCCAAACUGCCCUUCGGGCCCAACCUCCAGUACAUGCAAUCAACACACCCUUGGUCCUUGGGAGCGGAGGCCUGGUGAACAUCAAGGACUCCCGAUAGAUGACUGCCACUCCCCCUCCCCGCCUUCCUACCCUCGGUUGCUGCGCAUAAUGGAAACCUGGCGGACACGUGGCCUCAAGAAUGGGAGCUGAGGCCUCGUCCAGCCAGGUCUCUGUAAUACACACCAGGUCUGCGCACUCAUCCAGUAUCAUAUCAUGGAUGACAGAUGUUUUUUGUGUCACAGACCUGGCAUUGCACAGCAGCAGUUGAAGGUCGGUAGGAGUCCUGCUUUCCCGAGUUGACUUCUGGUUUUGGGCAGACCCGAAACAGGGAAUGGGUAUUACGCAUCUAUCCCCUGUUCCUCUAAAUUGAUGCGGUCUGCCCCAAGCAUCAGUCCAGCGCCUGCCACCCAAUCUUGGUAUAACUUGGCCCCCAUCCUUCUCUGUUCCAUCCCCCCUUGGUUUACACAUGCCCCUAUCCCUGCUGCCUAAUGGACAGGCCUGUCCUAAAACAAUAAUAAAAGCAAAGACUCACCCCAUACACCCCGGAGACUGCCAGCCACUCCUUUAAGACCACAGUAAAGAUAAAAAUAAUUUAAGUCAUACACUGUCCACGCUCAUACAUUCCAAUGUACAUUGUAAAUUAUAAAUUAAAUCAUAAACUAUCCACACUCAUACAUUCAACCAUACAUUUACUACUACACUAUCACACAAUCAAUCUAACACACAACAACAACAAUCAAAUUAAUGGCUGUAAAGUGAAAGUGGAGUAGUAGAGAUGGUAUCAAAUGGUGUUAGAUGGCACGACGUGAUAACAAGACUAACAACGCCAGUGUAGAUAAACUUAUAAACAGUAAAAUAAACUAUAUACACACACGCUCUCUCAUACACAUCAAACCCAUUUACAUAUACCAACCAAUGGCCAAGCAUACACAUAUACAUUCAACAAGCACAAAUCCACAUAAACAUCAAACAACCCACAUCAAACAGUUUUUUCAGGGCAGUCGACGUUAGCGUAAUAAUAGCACUCUUUCCGUUUCCCUUGUGUACAGCCACAAGGGGGCAGGCAGGCAAUGCCCUGAACUCUUCCUUCUCAUUCUUACUCAGCUCUCCUGUACCAAGGUAGAAGACGGCCACACCCAACUCCAACACAAAUCCACAUAGACAACAAACAACCACAUCAAACAUUCCUUUCAGGGCAAUCAGCGUUGGUGUAUUGAUAGCACUCUUUCCCUUUCCCCUGUGUACAAGCCACAGGGGCAGGCAGGCAGUGUCCUAAUCUCUCACUUCACGUUCUUACUUGGCUCUCCUACACCACUCUCUUGCCGCCGCUGGACGCUCAUUGCCACCCCCGGGAGCUCCUCCGCGGCGCUCUCACCACCGCCAGGCGCUCCUCUCCGGGGCUGUUACCUCCGUCAGGCCGCUCCUCAGCGCUCUCUCGCCGCCUCCUCUGCCGCCAAACACUCCUCCACGAAGCACACACCGCCGCUGGGGGCUCCUCUACGGCACUCUCACCGCCGUAGGGCUGCUCCCCAGCGCUCUCUCGCUGUCGCCUCUGCCACCACCGGGUGCUACUCCACGGUGCUCUACCCGCCAUCGGGCGUUCCCUGACGAUGCUCUCACCGCCGUCAGGCAGUCCCUCUGCGGCGCCCUCUCGUUGCCUCCGUCUCCGCCGUCUCCGCCACCAGGACGCUUCUCGCCUCUCACCCCCACCGGGCGCCGCCACAACACACCCUCGACAGCGUUCCUGUGUUACCUCGUAAUGCCCCAAGGUAGGGAAGGCAUCAAUUUGUAGCUGGUGGUAAGAACUACCCAACUCCAUGCACACAGGAUGUAAAAAGCGAUGGAAUGGAUGAUAAUAAAUGUUAAACUGGUAAAUAAAAUAGGUGAUAAAAGAGCCUGGCUUACGGAGCUCUGACUACAGCGUCCUCCCAAGCCGCCAUCUUACUUGUGUAAUAUGAGCUCAUGGAGGGAGUUCCCCUCGUGUAUCUGAAGGUACCGAAUAAGACCAGGUGGAAUUCCACCUUUGAUGCGUUGAGGCAACUACAUGAGCUCCUGUCAACUGUGCCACUAAAAAUGCAUGCCAUAAUGGACCGCUGCUCCUUGUCCAGGAUCACAGCUGCUGAGACUGAAGUGGUACAGGAAUACACAGAGAUUAUGGAGCCACUAGCCCAGUCCCUAGAUAUCCUGCAACGGGAGAACGGCAUGUUCAUGGGGUAUUUGCUACCAACGCUCUGCAAUCUGGACCGCAAGUUAGAAGGACUGGAAAACAAACCUGAGAGGUACACAUACUGUUUUCAGCUGCUGAGAGGUGUGCGCGAAGCCCUAAGAAAGCAGUUUGCAGCUAUCUGGGAGGACAAGAGGCUUCUUCUGGCAGCCUGCCUACACCCUCGCUUCAAACUAGAUUGGCUGGAAUCGUGUCAGGCCACCACCCAUACCAACAAAUACACAAUGGAAGCCUUGUUGAAAGCUGAAAUAAAGAUGGGUGUACUUAAUGAGGACAGUGAUCAGUUUUCAGAUAAAGACCAGGAAGGAGAUGACUUAGAAGAUGACUUCUUUAACUUUCUGCCCCAGGGCAAGAAGUCAGCAGUGGACACUGCUGAGGAGGAACUGGUGAGGUACCUGAGGUCUCCCAGCAGGGAAGUGUCAUCACUCCAUGGCUUUCCACGUGUGCUGCGGUGUUUUUUGCAGCACAACACAGGCAUGCCUUCAAGCGCCGCAGUAGAACGCCUGUCCAGUACUGGUGGCAACGUAAUGACUGUAAAAAGACAUUCCUUGUCUGACAUGUUCUUUGAGCAUCUUGUUCUUUUGAGACAUAACAGAAACAUUAUAAAAGCAUUUCAAGUGUAAAAUUUGAUUUCAAGAGUUGGGGUAUCUUCAUUG